UGUUGGAGGGUUUGGGACCGCAAACCAGUGAAAGCCUUUUUCAUCUUUACUUGGGACAGAUCAUGCGCUUGAGGUCACUGGCAGUUAAUCUGAUCAGCUCUGCGAAUUGGUAAAGCUACUUACUGAACAGAGCCCCUGCACCAGUGAUGGGCGCCAUUACCUUUGUGCUUCUUGUAACUGCAGUUGCGGUGGAGGGAAGGAUAUUGUGUCCAGAAAUCGGUCUGCUUGGGGCUCCCACAAACCUGACCUGCAUAGAAGCAAGUAGAAGCCACUCCUUCAUAACACCCAAUGGACACACAGCAGGAUCAUGUAACACAACAGCUGGGUAUUGCAUAAACACUGGCAACUUCACAGCGUCUGUCAUCAAUACCACCUCCAGUGUUCUCACCAUACCUGUCUUGUUGAAGUCACACGCUGGUACCUGGAUGUGUAGCAGUGAUGGCGAUAUGCCCGAUCCUCCUAGCUGCCAGAUGACUGUGGCAAAAUUCCCAGCAUGCACUAUAACAAGAAGGCAGAAUGAUGACAGUGACUUCACCGGGGACGAGGAAGUGGCGUUGAAGGUGAACGUAACUGGAGACUACUGUUCUGAGUCGGUCCAGUUUCAGUUGCAAACAGGAAACAUUCAAACGGGUUGGAACAGCUCACAAUGGACGGUGAACACAGAUGUCAUAUUCAAUCUGACUGAGUCCCACCUCGGGGAAGUGAAACUGGUCUUCAUCUGUGGAGGAUACAGACAAGCGUUACCAUGUGAAGAGAUUCAACAACUGAGGCUGGUGAAAACCUUUGACGACGACAGUACAAGUGGUAAAGUUGUCAUUGCCGGAACUGUAGGUGCCGUCGUGAUCCUCAUCAACGUCCUCGCUGUCAUCGUAUGUCUGCGGAGACAUCAUUGUCAGAACAAACAGCCACCUGUUGGUUACCUUGGCGCCGUAUACGUCCCCGGCAGCGCAGCUUCUGACUACGGAUAUGCCACCGUCGAUGAUCUGUUAGCAAAUGAGACAAAUCUAGCCAAAUAG